AUGGCCUCGAGCGAACUGCUGAAACAGAUUCAGGCGGGGAAGGCUCUGAAGAAGGCGCAGACGAAUGAUAGAAGUGGGCCGAUAGUGGAUGCGAAGGCCUCGAGGGCAGGCGGCGGCGGCGGCGGCGGGCCAGCCGGGAUCGCGGCUGCCAUAGCGAGUCGCGCUGGGGGAGGCGGUGGCGGUGGCGAUGCGAGUGGCGGCGGCGGGGGAGGGGCGCCGCAGCUUGGAGGCUUGUUCGCCGGUGGGAUCCCGAAGCUCAAGUCGACGGGCCAGAGCAUAGGAAAUGCAGCAGCGGCCGGCCUUGCCAAAGCGCCGUCAAUACCGAAUCGUUCGUCGCCGGCACCCCCGAGAGCAGCGCCGGCCCCGCCCGCGCCGCCACCGCCGACGAGUCGGCCUGCACCUACCCCGCCCCGACCCAGCGCUGCGGCGCCUCGGCCGCCCGUCGCACCACCGCCGCGGCCCAGCAGCGCGGCUCCUCCUGCGCCUCCCCCUCCGCCCGCGACGAGCUCGCCUGCACGUGCGCCGCCCGCACCGCCGCGUCCAACACCGUCCGCGCCACAUGCGCCUCCCAGUCUACCGGCCCGCGCCGUGCCGUCGAUACCUGCGCGGCCCAGCUCGGUGGCGUCGAUGCCCUCACGCUCUGUACCCCCGACGCCGCCUCGCUCGACCCCUCCACCCCAUCAUGGAGCCCCUCCCGCGCCACCUCCCCGGAAACCGACGGUGGCUGGUCGUCUGCCCCCUGCGCCUCCUGCCAGGCCCGUAUCCUCGGCGCCAACGCUCCCGGCGCGCGCCCCUCCUGCGCCCCCGCCGCGUAAGGCGAACGGCCAUUCGAGUCUGGCGCCACCUCCGCCUCCUUCUCGGCAGCGCUCGAUGUCCAUGAGUGACCAGCCGAGCGACGAACCACCAAGCAUCCCGAGGCGAAACAUACCGGCACCACCCUCGAGGAACAGGACAGUGUCCGAGAGAUUGGAUCCGCCAUCUCAUCCACCUCCCCGUCCUGCGUCGGCAGCUCCGCCUCCGCCUCCGCCUCCAGCCGCCCCUCCUCCCCGUCCAACCUCGCACGCACCACCUCCGCGGCCCGUAUCUGCUGCUCCCCCACCUCGCCCGGCCGCACCCGCUCCUCCACCGCCUCCCGCAGCUGCGCCACCGCCACCGCCUGCUGCUCCGCCCAGCCGUCGUGCACCCGAGCCGACGCCUUCGUCUGUCAUCUCGAACGGCGGCAUAACCUCACACACAAACAACCGGAAAAUCCCUGACCCGCCGCCGAACUCGGGUUCGCACUACUUCCCCACCGGAUUUCCUCCCCCGCGUCCGUUCGAGCCACGCACGCGCAGAUACCCAAGUGGACGUCCACGCGGUAGCGACUUUGAUCUAUCUCAGCUGUAG